AGUUGUCAUUUGUACUUAUGUAAGACUUCACCAAUAAUAACUGCUGACCAAAGUUAUGUUCAAUAUACAAGCAUGCAUAAAUCAGACAACAUUGCGCAAAUAUUUAGUGGCGAGUGCAAUUUGUUAUAGCAAACGGCUCAUUGACAGAUUACUAAAAAAACAAGCAUGGGUUUAAUCGCAGCAAUCCAGUCUCGCAUUUAUCUCGUAUCUGUGUUCAGUUAAAUAAAAAAUAUAUCUGCAGUGCCAACCUUAACUACAACUACUUGGCUUAAUUGAGAUGCAUAAAUUCUGUCCAGACCAGUCGGGUAGUAGGCCAUGGUAUUAAAUUCUGCUUGUGGUAAGUUACAUAUCUUAGUCCUUGAUAAACCCUUGCACACAAAUCACUGCAUUCCUCUCAAACAAGAAAAGUCAUAAAUCCAAAAAUACACGUGGUCACAAUGACGAGCAACUCAAUAGUCGGCGAAUGGGGGAAUUUUGUCUUUAAAAUGAUACAACCCGAAGAUCAUGAAAAGAUUUUGGCCCAUUUGAAGGAUUGCUUCUACUACAAGGCGUUCUAUCGCAUCGGGUUCACGAAAGACAUGGAUCACGAGAUGCACCUCAUUUUCGUUAAUAUUCUCAACAAUGGAAGCAACCUCAGUUUUUAUGCGGAGGACAAGGCGACGGGGAAGAUUGCUGGGUGUCGUAUCAUCACCCUGGAAAAGCGCAACAAACCGGUAGAGCCUUUCCCAGUCACUAGCCGUAUCUGCAAAGGAAUCAUCACAUUUUACUUCGAAAUUGUGGACGACUGUAAACUUCACGACCGCUACAACCUGGACGAAUACCCUCAUUUCUUCGGGGUUUCGGUUGACGAGCAGUUUGGUCGGCAAGGAUUGGCCACCGAGAUUUACAGGAGAGCGAAGUUGCUAUGCAAAGAGCGUGGAUAUUCGUGGGGCUUGGUCUCAUUUAUUAGUCCGUACAGCCGAGCUGCUGCCAAUCAUAAUGGAUUCAUCCAGCUAGCCAAGAGGAAUCUGCUCGAAGCCAAAGGUGAGGACGGCGAGGUGUUGUAUCCGGAUGCCGACCCCAACGACUUUUUGGACAUGGGAACUUUCGAAAUGAAUUAAGCAGAGAAGUUUUGCAAUUAAUUCUGAAAAUUAGAAUAUGUAUGUAUUGCAUCUGUAAUGCACAGUGUAUGGAUGGGUUCCGGGCAUAAGGAUGAGAAAGUGGUACAAGAAUUGGUAAAAUACGGAUAAAGGAAUAUGGACAGAAAACUAAAGAGCACAAUAUAGAAAAUAAAUGAAAAUGUUCACCUUUCGUAUCCUAAUUUUACAGUAUUGAGAUUUGUUUUGUCUAUUUCUUUAUCCGUAUUCUGGCAUUAAUAUACUGGUUUGUCCUCAUUAUGCCUAGACCCAUAUGGAUAACACAAGUAUAUGUAAAUAUAUGCAUUAAUACAUAAUUUGGAACCAAUACACGUUGCAGAUAAUAAUUUGUUUUCUUAAAUAUUUUCUUAGUUCCGGAUUAUAACCAAUCAUAACUUAAACAGGUUUACCUGAUAUUCUUCUGCUGGCCCAGGUGAAGUAUAAAAAUCACAUCAUAUUAUUCACCAGUACUCAUAUAAAACUCAUCAUAUUUAGUAACUUAUCAAGCAUUCACUACAGUAUAAUAUAACCGAUUAAUUCAGCAUGUAUGAAGUCUGUUUCUCUCCUGGAUCAUUUGAUAUGUAUGCACUAUUGUUUUAUUAUUGGUGAAACAAUGAGUUCCCACACUUGUCAAUAGUCUCGCACCUGAACCUCUUAUCUGUUGAUUAAACCAAAGUAAAAUCAAAUAAACUUUUUCACGAGAUAAAGCGUCACGAGCUAAAGGCUCAUGACACGGGCCGUACAAACCAGCCAUUCAAACAUACACACAUAAACACAGUAAUACUGAUAUUUAAGUAUGUAGUUUUACUCAAGACAGCGUCAGGAAGUGUUGAAAAUAAGUACGAUUCCAUGAACUAAAAACCAUUCUGUCUUCAAUCAUGAAUCAAUUUAAUACUCGUCGUUCUGAUUAUGUUGAUCUGGAUUCACAAGAUAAUUCCAAAUCUCCCUUCUGCUCAAAGAACAUUUUCCUCCCAAUAAUUUCUGUACUUUGUGUUACACUGGUUAUUAUUUUCUCCAUCGUUUUCCUUGGUCCAUCCAACAAUGGACAAAAUCAGAUUCUGACUCAGCGAGCACGUGGACAAGAGAGAGACACGAAUACGACGACAAUAACGACUGAACAUGGAAGACUUAAAGGAAAGCUGCUAAAGUCUCGAGGAGGACGCAAAUACUAUGCGUUCUACAACCUUCCUUUUGGAAAACCACCCGUGGGAAAAUUGCGGUUUGAGCCACCAGAACAAUACGAGGAAGGAUGGCAAGGAGUCCGUGACGCGACAACCCCGGGGGAAAGAUGCAUCCAAAGAAAGAUAGGAUCUGACGAAGCCAGAGGGUCAGAAGACUGCUUGUACCUCACCGUUUACACGCCAAAACUGCCUCCAAGUUCGACAUCAUCCUCGCGUCGACGUGGCGGGAGGAGACGUAAUUCCGAAGAUGAUGUCCUCCUCCCAGUAAUGUUUUAUAUAUUUGGCGGAGCAUUCAUAGGUGGGAGUGCCAGCGUGUAUGGAGGCGAAUAUUUUCAAGACCACGACGUCGUAAUCGUCCUCCCUGAAUAUCGCGUCGGUUCGUUUGGAAAUCUGAACACGGAAGAUGGCGUCAUAUCAGGAAAUAUGGGGUUUAAGGAUCAAACAAUGGCGCUAAAAUGGGUCCAGAAACAUAUUUCCAAGUUCGGAGGAAACAAGAAAAAUGUGACCUUGUUUGGUAACAGCUCGGGCGGAAUGUCAAUUCAUGCUCAUAUUUAUUCACCCAUGAGCAAAGAUUUAUUUCAUGGAGCGAUUACUCAGAGUGGGUCUGCGUUGGGGUGCAACGUUGUGCCACCAAAUCCGCGUAAAAUAGUGGAGGAAAUUGGGGAGCAGUUAAACUGCACGGAUUUAGAGGAUACUAAAAAACUUGUCCAAUGUUUAAAAGACGCCGACGCGAUCAACAUUUUGGACGCUCAGAGUUCUGAACUAACGGGACUUACGGUCGACUUUGUUCCAGAAGAUGGCAACUUGAGCAACGUUUUCCUACCAGAUACGCCAUUGAAUCUCCUUCGAGAUGGGAAGAUUGUUACCGAUGUAGCUUGGGUUUUGGGAGCCAAUUCUGCCGAAAUGGGCCCAGCUGCAAAAAUCUUGCAAAAUUCUACCGCAGUUCGAUACCUGAACGAGUAUUGGGGGAGGAUCGCCCCACUUUUACUGCAAUUCGAAAACGGAUCGGACGAAGUGAUUCAGAAAAUUAGAGAGUUUUACUUUGGUCAGAAUACGGAAAUUGGAGUUGAGAAUAAGGAAGCGUUUGUCGACAUGAUGUCAGACCGAUGUUGGGUUCAUCCGACCUUCGUCACGGCGACCAUGCACUCGAGGAACAGUAAGAGCCCGGUUUAUCUCUACUGGUUGACGUACGAAUCAAAAACUGAUGAAGAAAAUGGGAAGGAGAAAGCUUACGAUGGUGUCUCGCAUGCAGCCGAAGUUCGGUAUUUGUUUCCUUGGAGUAAAUUUCCCUACAUCUCUCUGAAUUCAUCGGAUGCUGGUUUUUCUCAAGUGAUGGUAGAUACUUGGGUGAGGUUUGGGUCAAGGGGCGAUGUCACGGAUGGGUACUCAUUCAUUUUAGAGAAUGGAAACGAGUGGACGGAAGUGGGUGGCAAGACAGAAAAUGUUAAAUGGUUGGAAUUGCAUGAAGAUCCAGUCAUGGUGGAAGUAAUAGUUGAUAGAAUGAAAUUCUGGGACGGUUUUGAACUUGACGAGUUAUAUGGCUGAUAAGACGAUAGUUAAGUUUGUAGACUAGAAUGAGGCAGUGAUAUGUUGUGAAAAUAAUGUUGUUUUCGUUUAAAAAUAAAAUCAGUUCAUUUACUGAUCAAA